AUGGGACGAGAUAUCUGGACGGUUUCGGCGCUGUUGUUCUGUUUCUGUGUUUUCGAGGCUGGUGAAUGGACCCAUGCCCAUGCUGAAGACAAGCUCUUUAAAAAACUCUUCAUUGGCUACAAUAAGUGGUCCAGACCUGUGCAGAAUAUAACCGAUGUAGUAAUUGUCAAGUUUGGCCUCUCAAUUGCCCAGCUGAUUGAUGUGGAUGAGAAAAAUCAGAUGAUGACAACAAAUGUCUGGCUGAAGCAGGAAUGGAAUGACUAUAAACUGCAGUGGGAGCCCUCUGAUUAUGAUAAUGUAACAUCCAUUAGGGUGCCAUCAGAGCUGAUCUGGGUACCUGACAUUGUCCUGUAUAAUAAUGCAGAUGGUGAGUUUGCCGUGACCCACAUGACUAAAGCCCACCUGUUCCACACAGGACAGGUGCGAUGGGUGCCUCCAGCUAUCUACAAAAGCUCUUGCAGCAUUGAUGUCACAUUCUUCCCUUUUGAUCAACAAAACUGCAAAAUGAAAUUUGGCUCCUGGACAUACGACAAAGCCAAAAUUGACCUGGAGCGCAUUGAGAACACUGUAGACCUUAAGGACUACUGGGAGAGUGGCGAGUGGGCUAUUGUGAAUGCUGUAGGUACAUAUAACACCAAAAAAUAUGACUGCUGCCAUGAGAUCUACCCAGAUAUCACAUAUUUCUUUAUCAUCCGCCGUCUUCCCCUCUUCUACACCAUCAACUUGAUCAUCCCCUGCCUGCUCAUUUCCUGCCUGACUGUGCUGGUCUUCUACCUGCCCUCAGACUGUGGGGAGAAGAUAACACUGUGUAUAUCUGUUCUUCUUUCCCUUACCGUCUUUCUUUUGCUUAUUACUGAGAUUAUUCCGUCCACCUCUCUAGUUAUCCCGCUGAUUGGAGAGUAUCUGCUCUUUACUAUGAUAUUUGUAACUCUAUCUAUUGUCAUCACUGUAUUCGUACUGAACGUGCAUCACCGAUCACCCAGUACCCACAAGAUGCCAUGCUGGGUCCGGUCUAUUUUCCUGGGCUUCAUUCCCCGUUUUCUUUUCAUGAAACGUCCAGUGCCUGACCAGACUUGCCACCAAAAAAGACAUGCUCCGAGCCAAUUCUCCAGUCUUAGCACCUCUAAAAGCUGGCUGCAGCAGGAGACUGAUGUGGAUAUAGGAAGAUGUUGGAAUAAGGAUGGCAGGACACAAGUGGGUAUUUUACCAGCUUUUUCAUUUUCUGCUGAUAUGUCUUUACAACUAUCAGGCUUGGAUGGCUGGCUUCAAAAGUACGACACGCAGCAACUAAAACAUAGGAUAAACUAUGCUCAACCAGCCAACCUCUGCAAUCUGAAGUCUGACACCAAAUUAGCCUUCUCUCCUAUUUUCCUGCAAGCCUUGGAGGGAGUUCAGUACAUCGCUGAUCAUUUACGUGCGGAGGAUGCCGAUUUCUCAGUUAAGGAGGACUGGAAAUAUGUAGCUAUGGUGAUUGACCGCAUCUUUCUCUGGAUGUUCAUCAUUGUGUGCCUGUUGGGGACAUUUGGCCUCUUUCUUCCACCCUGGCUCUCGGGGAUGAUCUAGCUGCCUCUUCUAAGUUAACAGAUAUAGACAUCAGGUUUUAACAUUCAACCACUAUAAUGGAUCCAAGACUUACCCU